AUGCAACGCAGUCAGUCGAUCUCAGCUCAGGAGAGACAAUGGAGGAGGUCGAGCACGGGCUCGGUCCAAAGAAGGCGUCGUCGAGUCAAACCGACGGAAGAAGCGGAGAGUAGAGAGACGCCAGAUGAUCCCAAAGAUCGGGGUGAAGGGCAGCAACCACCGGUUAGCGAAAGAGAUGAUUAUGAAAGAGGCGAGGAACCGAGGGAUGAUGCAAGGAACCACGACGGAUCUUCAGGGCAGACAGAUAUGAUGCUCCCCGCGGGUACAACAGAGGACGAGGAAGAGACUGGAGAUAGCGAGGAACGGGAGGAAACGGAAGAAGAGGAAGAAGACGAUGACAGUUCCAGCGUCCAUAGCGACAGUUCCCUGAUGGCGGCCUCCCUGAGGAAGAUCAGCGAGAAGGUGGGAGAGCUGGAGGCACACAUCAUGCAGAAGGUGGAGAAGACAAGAGCCAACAUUGAGAGAGUUUCUCACUACGCCUGGACAGCUCUCCCGUUCGAUAAGCUCCCGAAAUGGCUACAAGACAACGAGUACCUGACGGCAGAGCAUCGCCCACCGAUGCACUCGUUUCUCGGCUGCUUCAAGAGCAUGUUCCGCAUGCACACGGAGACAUGGAACAUCUGGACCCACUUCCUGGGGUUUGCCUUCUUUGUUGCCCUCUGCCUUGGGAUCUAUGUCUACGGCGACUACAUCACGUUUCUGUUUGAGGACAUUGAGAUCUACCAACUCCCUGCCACUGAGCAGGCCAUGCUCUUCUGCUUCUUCCUCGCGGCCAUGAUCUGUCUCUCCUUCUCAGCACUGUUUCAUCUCUUCAGCAACCACUCGCAGUCCGUCUACAAGAUAUUCAGUCGUCUCGACUACUCUGGGAUCGCCAUUCUCAUCACAGGCUCCAGCAUCCCCGCCUACUAUUACGGAUUCUACUGCAGCGACGCGGCAAAAAGUUUUGCUGCGCACGAAUACCGACCGCUGCGGUUCACAACGUUUGUCGCGUUUGGUGUAUACGGCGUCGUCCCUGCCGUCCACGUCAUUGCUGAAGAAGGCAUCGAGAAGCAACAUGUCAUCGACGCCGGGAAAGGUCUUCUAGUAAUGGCGUGUCUCUACAUCGUUGGAGCGGUUCUCUAUGUGGUUCGGUUCCCCGAGAGGAUCUUCCCCGGCAAAUUCAACACCUGGGCCAGCAGCCAUCAGAUAUUCCACGUCUGCGUGGUGUGUGCGGCUGUGGUUCACUACAACACCCUGCUGAGUAUGAUAAAGUACCGCAUGAGUUUCGAUUCCUGUGCCAUGGACCUAGUCGGCACUGCUGCUCGACUUGAGCUCCCCAUCACAUGA